GGCCUGCAGUAGAGCCGCAGCCCGGAGCAGCAGCUGUGGGAGCGGCGGGGCCUGGAGAGAUUCAGCGCCAUUCGGCUGGGGCCCCCCGGAGCCCGGGGAGCCCUCUGGGGACGAAGCUGAGGCACAGCAGAAGGCGGUGGAGGCGACUGCUCUGUUUCGCGAGCCGCUGUGGCCUCCCGUGGUAGCCGGGCCCGGGCAAGAGGAGCUGGGGCCUGGGGGGAAGCCAGGGACGGCGUCCGGGCAGCCGGGGUGGGGGAACACCCCCGUAGCCUGCUGGGGUGGGAGAGAGACUGCCCGCCUGCUCCAUCCGCAGCCGGGAGGGAAGCACCUGGUUCAGGCAGACCCUGCUUGCAGCCGGAGCACCCGGCGGGCCCUUGUCGAGGGCGGACCCGCUGGCCCCUUCCACGCUAACUAGCUAAGGGGAAUCUAGUACUGGCCCCUAACCCCGCUAACUAACUGAGAGUGGGCACAGGGCACAGCACCGAAUCCUGAUAGAGAAGCAAAUCUACUCUUCCACGAAGUGGAAGAGAAUCUCCUGAAAGUCCUUUGAUACCUAUGUAGGUGAGAGGGAUCCUCUUUUCCCCAGUUUCUGAGGGUUAGCGAGAAUAACCCUGAGUGCCUACUCCUUACUACGUAGCUGCUGGGUGAGGAAAUACUUUCCUCAAGUGAGGAGCCAGCCCUUAACAAGCUCUUUCCUAGACCAGAUAGUAAACAGGGAGCCUUGACAGAAUAAUCCUCAUAUGCUCAAGAGAGGCAGUUUCCAAAAUAGAAAUAAGCAGGAGCUCCAGAUAAUUACCUGGUAAUUUUAAUUAUUUACAUCUGGUCAAUAGACAGCAGAGAAAGUAAAACAAGGGAGAGGAAAGCACUAAAAGAUUUGGAUACUCUUCUUCCCUUUUCCAGUUGCUGUCUGCCAGUGUUUUUACGCAGUUUUUACUGAUACUAUCCAUAGAAUUGACAAGAAUUCUUUCAGAGAAAGAGAUCUGCCCACCCUUAAGGACAAGGUGCAUCUAGAGGAAAAAGAAGAGAGGCUUUCAGGUAGGGAGAUUAUUUAAGAUCAGUAUCCCCAAUCUGGCAGUCAGUGAGGAAAAGAAAAGGCUUUCUCCCAUGGGAUACAGUACUUAGCUGCCAGAAGUGAGAGAGGAUCUCCAUCCAGGGAUAAAAACAGCAGUUUCAGGGGAGUGAAGAUCCCAAGUGGAUUGUUUUAAUACUCAAGAUUCUGAUUUCGUUCACAAUCCCCUGGCUCUUGAAGUCUUUCUUGAAGAAGCUCUUGGAAUAGCUGUCAGCAAGACUCUCUGAGAAUGGCUCUCAGAGAAGUGUGAAGAACAGCACCCCCAGAAACCAACACUGAAGACAAUCCGACUCCCUCCUGAAAAAUCUUCCAGACAGAUACGCACAUCUGUGAGCAACUGCUGUCAAGGAUGAAGAACAGGAAGAGUAAAACUUGAUUAAAAAAAAAUCUUUAAUGAGCACCUUGAGAACUCACAAAGAGUUGCAACCACUGCUAUCAAGCGGCGCUGAUGCUUUGGAUUUACAAAAACAAGGGACCUGGAAGACCACCCGAUUCCACCCCCAGCUCUCCACUGCCACAGUCAGGAUUGUCACCCACUGGAUCUGGCUGCCCAGGGCUCCAUUCAACCUGGCCUUGAAUGCGUCCUGGAACAGGAGUAUCUACAACUUCUCUGAAGAGUCUGUUCCGGAGCCUUAGCACCUUCUGAUUUCAGUGCAGAACAGUGCAAAUUUUGGCUGUGGAAACUCGGUCCAAACUUAAAGGGAUAUCUACUCACAUAAUGAUGCAGCCAAUUGCAAAUACAGCUGCUUCCAAUAUCAUGGCCUCUGACCUGGAAAGCAGCCUCACUUCCAUAGACUGGCUCCCACAGCUUACUUUAAGAGCUACUAUUGAAAAAUUAGGGGGUUCCUCACAAGCAGGACCUCCAGGGGCUGCCCGAAAGUGUCCUCCAGGCUCACCGACAGAUCCCAAUGCUACUCUCAGUAAGGAUGAGGCUGCAGUGCAUCAAGAUGGCAAGCCACGUUACAGUUAUGCCACUCUGAUCACAUAUGCAAUCAAUUCAUCCCCUGCCAAGAAGAUGACACUUAGUGAGAUUUACCGUUGGAUCUGUGACAACUUUCCCUACUACAAAAAUGCUGGUAUUGGUUGGAAGAACUCAAUUCGUCAUAACCUCUCUCUGAAUAAGUGUUUUCGUAAAGUGCCUAGACCAAGGGAUGAUCCAGGGAAGGGCUCUUAUUGGACAAUAGAUACGUGUCCAGAUAUAUCUCGCAAGAGGCGGCAUCCUCCUGAUGAUGACAUACCACAAGACUCCCCGGAGCAAGAGGCAAGUAAGAGCCCCCGAGGGGCUGUUCCAGUCAGCACAGAAGCAUCUUUGCCACCUGAGGCUACCCCUCAGCUGUCACUUCAGAGCACUGCCCCCAUUGCCAACUAUAGUCAGCAGUCUGCAGGGCCUGUGGACGUUGCCUCUACUGUAGCAGGGGGACAGGGCCGUGAAGGGGCUGAUGUACCCCCCCCACUGUACAGUGCCAACCACGACUUCAAGUUCUCCUACUCUGAGAUCAACUUUCAGGAUCUUAGCUGGUCCUUCCGAAAUCUCUACAAAUCCAUGCUGGAGAAGUCGUCUUCCUCUCAGCACGGUUUCUCUUCUCUCCUUGGUGACAUGCAGCCCUCCAACCAUAACUACUACAUGUACCAGCAACAACAGCAGGGCCCCUCAGCAGUGGGUGCUGCUCCACCACUCCACACUCCAACUCCAGAGGGUUGCCCAUCCCAAGGGGGAAAGCAGCAGGGUGGUGAAAGUUAUGGCCCUCCACCAGUGAUGUCCAUGCACCCUCCCCCAAUGCAGCAUGGAGGCUACCACCAGCAUCAACAUCACCCACACUCCCACCCACAGCAGCAGCCACAUCAGCAUCAGCAGCAGCAGCAGUCACAGGCUUCAAUCAACAAUGCUGGCUUUGCAUUUCCUCCUGAUUGGUGCUCCAGCAUUGAUUCCCUGAAGGAGAGCUUCAAGAUGGUAAACCGGCUGAACUGGUCUAGCAUUGAGCACUCCCAAUUUUCAGAGUUAAUGGAGAGUCUGCGCCAGGCCGAGCGGAAGAACUGGACACUGGAUCAACACCAUAUUGCCAAUCUCUGUGACUCUCUUAAUCACUUCCUUACCCAGACUGGUCAGCUCCCUCAUCUGGUUGGCCCACAGCAGCCCCCUCGAAUCUCUGAUUCUUGUGCCCUAAACAGUGGCAAACAGGAGCAAUCCAUAAAUCAAGUGAACUCUUAUGGUCAGCCCCAGCCUCCCCAUCUCUUCUCCGGUCCAUCUCCGAUGUACCAGAUUUCUACCCAAGACUCUCCAGGAUAUAAUCGCCCAGCUCAUCAUCUGGUCCCUCGGCCUUCAGGGCCUCCUCCAGGCACCAAUGAGGAAAUCCCUGAUGAUUUCGACUGGGACUUGAUCACCUAGCGAGUUACAGACUUAAGAGCCCGUCCUUUGUGAAGGACGUGGGAGGAGAGGGGGACGUGGGGUGAAUGGUGCCACACCACUGACUCCAGCCUUCCUACCUUGCCUGUAUAUAGAUAUAUAUUCUCUAUCUCCGCCAGAGAAGCCACCGCAAGAUGCUGCCGAAGAUAAUCUUUCAUUGCGUCCUGUUUUCUUUUUUCUUCUUUUGUUUAUUAUUAUUGUUGUUGUUGUUGUUGUUGUUAUUAUUAUUAUCAAUAACUGAGCACAGCCCUUCCCCUCCUCUGGUGGCCUCGGGUGCAUCAGAUCAAAUCUUGUGUGGUGCCCUGUAUUGGGCAGAAAGAUAGGUCCUUGCUGCCACAAAAAGACCUCAGAAGGCUGAAUCUUUGUGUGCAUCUUUCUCUGCCUCUGUCAUUUUGCAUUUAGCAAUCCCUCUUUCCCUUCAAAGCAGACAGUAAAUCUGUUGUAUUGGCUACUGAGUGAGAGUCUAGUAGACCCCGGGAGCCUGUAGUUAUGCUAUUUCUUAAAUGUUGUAAAGGUCAGGAGGCUAAAGGGACACUGUGGAAGGGUGAUUUCAGCUCAGUGAACUGUUUCACAUCAGCAGGAAAAGCAAGAAAAGAAAUAGAGAUCCCAAGUGCAAAUAGGAUAAUCUCUUUAAGUUGGGAGAGCUAAGCUGAGCUGGGAGGGAAAACCUGAGUUUGGAGAAAGGGUAAUAUAGUAAAAAUGAUGUUUCAGCAGAGAUAUUGGGUUUCAGAAAGCACUGCCUCCUAGUGAGGACCAAGAGUGAUUUUGAGAGGAUCCUGACUACUCUGCCUUUUGCAGUCUCCAAGGAAGUGAAGCCUUAUGUACUCAUCAGGUAAAAGAAGCAGUCGAGGGUGUUGUGAUCCAGCAAAUUCUGUUUUCCAGAGCUUUUAAUUUCACCCCUGCCCCUUUCAAGCCUUUCUUCAAAGUAUGCAGUGAGGCUCUUACUUGCAUAUGCAAACUUAAAAAUUUUCUCACGCCAUCAGUAUUUGCUCAAUUGUUACUUGGCCCUCUGCCCCUUGUACCUUUUUGGAGACUGUCCUUGUCUGUGGCAACAGGAGCCUUGCUGCAUUGGUGUAAAUUCUCAGUCAGUGGUUCCCACUUUGUGGAUGGGUUAAUGGUGGAAAGAGGAAGCUGCUGCUCAGAAUGGAGGUGAAUCAAGGGACUUCUGGUCAAGGAGCUCAAACCCUCUGGUUGAGUAAGUGAGAGGCUCUUAGAAGUGAUUUUUUGUAAGAGAUGCAUUAGGAGAGGGGAUGAAAUAGAGCUGAACAGCCAAAGAGUAUUGUAUAGAAGGGGUGGGAUGGGGUAGGUCAGACUCCUUGCAGUUCAGCUGAGGAAGAUAAUGGAAUAGAAUGUAAAUCCCAGUUAAUGGUUUCUGUCAGCAGAUUAGGAAAGCAAAACAGAUGCAGGAGUUAGUAUUGAAAUUCCUCCUUCCCUAAGCUGCGUCCUGAGUUACUUUUUUUUUUGUUUUUCUGAUAUGGCUGUGUUCUGUCAAACCUCUUGUUUCAUUUUAGUAUUUUGUAAAGCCUACCCCAGCUCUUAUUCCCUGUUUAUCAGUGAAAGGAACAAGACAGAAAUGAAGUGUCAUGGUGGCUUUGACAUACCUGGGAAAGAGGAGGUAACCUCUGCUCUGACUGAAGGAAGAUGGGGAACUAAAAUUGCUUUUUAAAUUUGCUGUAGGGAUAAAUGAGUUGGAUCUUUGUCAGGGAAGUGGACAGUCUCAUUGUACUGGGGAGGUGGGGCAGUGGGAUUUUUUUUCUUUUUUUUUUCUUUUUUAAAUGUGUGUAUUGAGGGGGAGUUCAUCAGUGAGUAUCUCCAAGAGAGGUGAGGAAUCCCAGAGCCAACUUCAGCAUGGAAUUAGCUGUUAUCUAUGCUGCCUCAGGAUGGUAAUGAUACAACUUGGAAGCGUGUGUGAUUGGAUUUCUGUGGAAUGUGGCACCAGAGACAGCCUCUGGUUGGUGCCAGUUAGUGCUUCGCAGAGCAUAUCACAGAGCCAGCCCUGUGGAAAUCUGAAACCACUGGAAGAAAAAAGGAAGAUGGCUCCUUCUGCAUAUGAAAGUCCCCAAAAUUUGCAUAUUUAUCUCAUCUGCAUAUUGAUUUGCUCCUUGUUUGCAUAUGUAAAUACACGCCGGUCAGUGUGCAAAUUAGCCUCGUUCCUCUGCCUCUGAAAUACAUGUGCAUUGUCAAUGUGUGGGAAGGCAUCGGGUUGGCUAUGUGGAGCUCCACACUGGUACCAGCUACAGGGAGUGAAGGGAUGCAAACGUGCCAUGGAGAGUUCUUGCAGGCCCUUCCACAGUGGCAUUGCCCUCAGUGCUUUGUGUCAAGGGUCAAGGAGAGAGGGGCGUGGUCUCACAAGUUUAUUUUUGUGCAUGCUUUCUUAAUAAAAAGAAAAAGUGAAUGUUUAUGGUUUAA